AUGGCAAGCCUUUGUUUGAUGGGCUUGGUUUCUGCAUCAGUUCGCGACGAUGCUUCGAGUCAUACCACAGAAACAUCUUCCAUGACAUCCAGGAGAGCAGGUCAAUCUGGUGCCGGCGCUGGGAAUGUGAUCAGGUCUUGCGGCAGCCACAUAUCAGUCUGUGGUGCUGAGGAUGAGGACAACGUCAUUUAUAUACCGAGAUCUACUGAAACCGAGACGAAUGAGAUCCAUUCCAUUUCAAUAAAGAGACUUAAGCCUACAACUUUGACCGUUACCGAAAUCUCAGUGUCUACUAUCAUUGAAGAGACAAUGGGUCACUGCCGCAGAACUGUCACCGCCGCCGGUCCGCCUGCCAAGGUUACUAUCGACGUAACAAUUGUUUCCAUUCAGGAAGUACAAGAUGUUGACACAAUUGUUGAGACUGUAACCUCAACCACCACCGCUAGUGUAGUAGAACAAUGUUUCCUUGAAACGUACACCAUCUUAGGCCGGAAGCCUAUCACGUCGAGACGAGCAAGACCGGACCUUGUCUCAACGGAGAGCGCCAGCCCACCCGAAUAUACUGAUGCAGCAACAUAUUCCGACGAAUCCUAUGACGAGUCUACUCCGAACAAUAUGGCAGGGGGUCUAGAUGGACCCGGCAUCUACGAACAAAGUUCAGACGAGUGA